AUGGCUGAGCAGCGAUUUUAUCUUCCGAUAUUACCAUUCUCGGGUAUUGAAACAGCCUCUCAAAGUCUGCCGCCCUACCAAGUCCCAGAGUUCUGGCCUUUGGUAUGUGUUCUUAGAGAGGUGAUGUACAGAUUCAAGUCCCGCUUACCAGAAAACUACGACCUGCCUCAGGUAGGGAAAGACAGAGCGCUGGACAAACAGAUGGAAUUAUUCAUUAAAACGAAAUGGGGGGAUAAAAACAUGAAGAAAGUGCAGCAAAUUGCGCGUCUUAGCAGACGUUGUUUCACUGAAGUACAAAAAAUAGCCCAAAAUCCCGCAAGGUAUAGCAGAAGCGAAAGGAUUACUUCCUAUACCUUUAAGUUCUUGAAGGCAUCGACGUCGGAGGAGGAGGCGUACGAUGUGUUGAAAAAGGUAGCUGAUGGAGAGAAAGUUAUUGCCGAUCUUAACAAGCUAAGCAGAGUUUCCAAGACUGAGAAAACGAAUCAAGGGCUUGUUGAAGUUGAGGAAGAUCUGGAGCCAUCGACCAGAAAACAAUCUAGUGAGGAAGGUGUCGAAGAACUACAUUAUGAGCCUGCAGAUUUGCGUUCCGAAGUAAGACGACUCCAAAUGAAUCUCAAUGACGAGAAAAAAACAACUCGCGAACUUCGUAAAACGCUGCAGUCGGUUUUGCAAGAAAACGAAAGAUUGAAAAAUAAGAUGACCGACCUUGUGAGCGACAAAGAUGAACUCAGAAAAUCUUUCGAAAAGGUGAUACUUAAACUUCGAACUGAGGUGGCGUCUCUCAAGAAACCUAUGACGAUGGAAGACCUCCCAGAAUACAUAGCUGAGCAAGAGCCGGUUAGAAGGGCACAAAAAAGCCCAGGAGAUAUCCAGGUUUCUAUAGUUAAGCCAAGCAAACCUUUGCGCUCUUUUAAAGAAGACAGACAGGAAAACAGCUUAAAAAUAGCGGUGAAGGUUAACGGAAAAGAAGAAAAUCUUUUGCUGGAGCAUGUGCAGUCUGCUAAAGACAACGUGGGCUGGCGAAAAGUGCUCUUAAAUGAAAAAAAUGAACAGCUAAACCAUGAGGUUGCAGAUGCAGAUCUCGAUUUCUACGAAAAGAGAGAGAACCUUGAGCCCCCAGAAAAACGUGUUAAGCAGGAAGACAGCCUUGAGAAGUCAGAGUGGGUUGCCGUGUUCUAUCCCCACAAAUUCUAUGUGGGCCGCAUUGUAGAAAUAACUAAAGACGACGGUCCCUUAAUUCAGUUUCUCGACCUGAGACCUGGAGAAAGAUUUGUCCUUCGAUCAGACACCGAAAUUGUGUCAGAAAAAUGGAUUUUCUGUCGCAAAAUAGAAGUAUCUCUCAUCGGCAAACGACAAUAUUCUGUAGCAAAUAAGGCCACUAUACAGUCAUUGUAUGACGCUUUUAAGAAGAGGCAUACUCUUAAAGAAAAGGUGCAUUCUGCAUGGGACUUGACUAAAGUCAAGGACAUUAGUAACUCUAUUGCAGAAGUCGCGGGAGUUAAAAUCAGCUUUGCCGAUUUUAAAACGAUCGAUCCACGCGAAAGUGUAGAUGCGGACAGAAUGCGUCGGGGAUGGCUCAACGAUCAAGUGAUAAAUGCGUCAUUCCAAAUCAUACAAGCUGACGCACUGAGAGAGGGCAAACGAGUUUUCUGCACGGACACGUAUUUGUACGAAAAACUUGAGUCUUUGAAAGGUGCUGCGUCUUGCGAGUCAAACGUCGCAAAUCUUAGGAAGUGGAUAAAAAAAGAUAAAUUACAAAAGAGUGAUUUGGUACUUGUACCAAUUCAUAAGAAUGGAAAUCACUGGGUACUUGGGGUCAUCAAUAUGAGAGCGAAAAAGAUCCAUUAUUACGACAGCAAAAACGAUGACCCUAUGCCUUUCUUCUUCCGAAAAAUGAGGUAUCUUUUGUCACUGCAUGGGGAUGAUGUUCGCGGAUGGAGCAACACGCACUCGAAAUCUCCACACCAAGUCGACUCUGCAAGUUGUGGAGUGUUCAUCAUAGAGAUUGCCAAACGUGUGGUUGAAAAUAGAACACUGGAUUUUACACAA